UAUUGGCUGGCUAGCCACCGGCCGCGGCGUAGUUGAUUAAAAAUAAACUUCGCCAAUUCCUUUACCCGCCGACUUUAUCGUAAUUAAGUGUUUAAACAAUGAGUACCGUGUCGAAACGGCCCAACGUGAAGUUGGCCAAACUUUGGUACAAAUACAGGACGGAACCGCAAGAAGGGCAGAAGAAAGAAGAGCCUGAACAUGAAGUUGUUCAAGAGAAAAAGGAUUAUGAGUCGUAUCCGCCAUAUAACUUCUCUUGGUUCAUUGACAAAAAAAUAGCGGCAAUGGGCUGUCCACAGACUGUCGAAAAUCUCAACUACCUUGUUGACGUCGGGGUCAAUCACCUCAUAACGCUGUCACCAGAGAGAAUCCCGCCAAUUUUGGAAUGCGAGAAAAAGUUAAAAUGGUCAGAGAUCAGGAUCAAGGAGUUCGGUGUGCCGACACUGAAACAGAUUUUGAAGUUCAUCGAGAUAUGUGAGAGGGCGGAGAUGAGAGGAGAGGUCAUAGGAAUCCACUGCAGACAAGGACGAGGUAGAACUGGUACCAUGCUAGCCUGCUACUUGGUGCACUUCCAGGAUAUGGCUCCGGAGAGGGCGGUGCUUACCGUCAGGGUUAAAAGACCAGGUUCCUGCGAAACAUACGAGCAAGAAAAAGCAGUGUGUCACUACCACGACUGUCUACGAGGCACAAUCGAGAAACCCGACUAUAGAUUAGUCGAGGACAAAGUCUAUUUCGACUUCUCCAUGAAAUACAUGUACACGGACGAAGAUUUCCGCAAAAAAGAAAAAAAAGAGGAUGACGUCACAGAAAUCCAAGAUGGCGCCCACAAGAUUGUCAAACUCGGCGACCCCAAGGAAGAGAAACAUGUAACAAUAAAAUUACCAAAGAAAAAAUCAAAUGCCAUGGUGAUCAAUCACAAGAUUUAUUUUUAAAUUUUUAUUUACAGUUAGUUAUGUGAUUUUUGUAUUUAUUUGAGAAUAAAAUGUUAAUUAUUA